CCGGUUUGAAUGACCACUAUCUGACUGUUCCGGUGAAGUGGAGCGCCUUUCAGCCAAUCAGAGAAGCAUAGGGUAAGGGUAAUAUCUCUGUCAGCUUAUAUCACCUGCCUCGGACGACAUCAACGGGAAAGACUCUCCUCCACACACACACACACACACACACACACACGCCUGUGGCACCUCCGGGUGAAGAUACUGAAAAUUCCGAUCCUAUCGCGCGGCCCCAGGGGAGAACGCGACCUUUGCCACUCGGCGCUUUUACAGCUGUUCCACCCCCUCGGCGCAGCUCACUGGAGAGUGGGCUUCUGUGUCGAUGGUCCGGGGAGCAGACUCUCGGCUCGCACACUGAGCGACGGUAUGUCUUGGCUGGCUCUGUUCUUCCAUCCCGCCUGGGCACUUUCCACGGCGCUGCUGGCGCUCGUCGUGCGCCUGCAGCGGCGAGCGCGCUGGGAGCCGAGCGCCUGCGCGGCGCUGCUGAGGGGGAAGACGACCGUGGUGACAGGGGCCAAUACAGGCAUCGGGAAGUUCAUUGCCAUGGACUUUGCCCGACGUGGGGCCCGUGUGAUCCUUGCGUGUCGCAGUGAGGCCCGCGGGACAGCAGCUCUGAAAGAAAUCCGGGAGAAAACGGGAAACUCCGACGUCCACCUCCGCCUGGUCGACCUGUCUUCUCUGGACUCUGUCAGGGAAUUUGCUCACAGGAUUCUUGAGGAGGAGAAAGCUCUUCACAUCCUCGUCAACAAUGCUGCCGCAUCAGGUUUACCAAGGCAGCUAACCAAAGAUGGUUUUGAAAUGUCUUUUGCCACCAACCACCUGGGGCCGUUCCAUCUCACCAACCUGCUGCUGGAUCUGAUGAAGUGUUCAGCUCCGGCGCGUAUUGUCACCCUCAGUUCAGUCAACCAUAAGAAGGGUCAGGUGGACUUCUCGCAUUUUCAUGGGGAGAACCUCACUUAUUUUAUGGAUAAGGUCUACAACCACACGAAGCUGCACAAUGUAAUCUGUACCAACGAGCUAGCACGCAGGCUAGAGGGGACAGGUGUCACCGCCAACUCUGUCCACCCUGGCAUUGUCCUGACAGAUGUGAUAAGAAACUACCCGUUCGCAGUUCGUUUCCUUUUCAACCUCAUUGGAUUCUUCUUUUUCAAAUCUCCAGAGGAGGGCGCAGUCAGCUCAAUCUACUGUGCAGUAGCGGAGGAAACCCAGGGGAUAACUGGGAAGUAUUUCGACAGCGACUGCUCUCUGGCUCUACCCGCCCCUUUAGCACGAGACGCUGCCCUCGCGGUCAAGGACUUUGAGAUCUGUGAGAGACUGACAUCGAAGCUCUGAAUUCUCAGGCAAAUGGAGGCUUGGUGACUGCUGGGGUGAUGGAUGUGUAACAUAUGGGUGAAAAGCUAUCUUUAAAGCCAGCAGGGGGAUUUUCUGAAUAAUUAUAAUUAAUAUUUUUUUUGUGUGGAUAAUUUGCGGGGACACCAAUCUGCGGGGAAGCAGGGAAAUGAAUCAUGUCUUCAGUUUUGUGUAUCACUCAAAUGCAGUUACUGGAUAUUGUUGUUGUUGUUGAUGAUUUUUCUAAUACAUCAAAUACAAAUAAUUUUAAUAAAUGUUAGCUGAUUUUGAGCGCUCAGUGUUUUCCGCUUAUUGUAGAAAAUAAACGUUUGCAAAAAGCACAAGGCA